AUGACCUGCUCUAAUAAUUAUCAUAUGCAAGAAUCACAAACAGUCGUCGCAGAAGAUUGUCCGACUUUGUUUCCUGACAGUUAUGAUAUUCCUGGAGUGUAUGAAGAUUGUCCUCCAUUUUUAGAAGCCAUAUGCUAUCCUUGUCCACCAUUAGUCUCAGAUUCUCUAUGCCAGGAUGAUUCCUUUCAAGAGUUCAUUUCUUCACCAUAUAGUGAAGAAGAGGCCUAUUAUGCAAAGAACCCUCAUGAAGAAGAGCAGCUGCCAUACAGCAAUUGGAGGAACUGGGGGAGCGAAUACGAGUCUUGCUUCACCUUUGGUGAUUGUUGGGAUGAUGACUUCUCCUCCUAUGGCAACAGUGGAUUGCAGGGCAGAGAAGAAUGUUUCCAAGGUGAAGAACAGAGAGGCAUUUAUUCUGGGCAUUAUGAGAAUGAAGAAACCCAGUUUUCUUAUUAUGAUAAUAGUCUUUGGUCUGGCUACGAGUCCUGGUUUGAUGAGAGGAAGAUAGCAACUACUAUGGUGGGCAUGAGCCCAGAUAUGCACACAGCUACAGCCUGGAUGAGAUGGGCAUCUGUGAAGGUCUUUUCGGUUACUGGCCUUGCUUGA